GGACAGACAAUAUUGCUUUAGUAGUAGGACAAGAUAUACAGUAUUUAAGGUCCUCUGAAUGUAAACAUUACCUAACAAAAAAGCAGAUUUUCAGGCUUACAUGGAGAUGAAUGAGUCUGCGAAGAGCCCGAACCAGCAGAGCUACUGGCAGGAGAUGGGCAGAUGGGCAGGUUAUGAAGAGACAUAUGAUGUGGAGGCGGGUCGAUGGAGCCCUUCUCACAUCUCCUACCUCACCUUUAAGAGCCUUGUGCAGAUACGCAGGACAAUGAACACCGGUGUGAUGAUGCUGGACAGAGAGGAGAAGACGCUCUCCAGUAUUAUUGAGAAGAUUGUGGAUACCCUGGUUAGCAAAAAGGAGAUUCAGCCAGGGGACAGGGAUAAAGUUCUUCAAGCAUUAAUGCACAAACAGAGCCAAUCAGUGGAGACCCAGCCUCUGACCUCAAAUGUGGAAAUGGAGAAAUUCUCUGUCACAGAGAAAAGGGAGACAGCGGAUAAAACAGAGGCCUCGAUGGUGCUCGUAGGUGCUCUGGAGUUCCUGGAGAGGCCUACAGUAGUAUUUGUGCGUCUUCGGGAUGCUGUGGUGCUGGAGUCGGCUCUGGAGGCUCCUGUUCCUGUGCGUUUCAUCUUCAUCCUCAUCGGCCCGACCAUAGAUGGCAUGAACUACCACGAGUGUGGUCGAGCGAUGGCAGCUCUACUCGCUGACAAAGUAUUUAACCAAGCAGCUUUCCAGGCUCAGAGUGACCGAGAGCUCACAGAUGCAGUGGGAGACUUUAUGGACUGCUGCAUCGUGAUUCCACCCACUGAGAUUCAGAAUGAGUCUUUGCUAACAUCACUCAUCCCCUUCCAGAAGAAACUGCUGCAAGAGAGACUCCGGCCCUCCAAUCCUAAACUUCGCCUGGAUGUCAAACCUCGCAAGCCUUCAAAAUCUUCAGGACCUCCUCCGGAAGACCCACUAACACGUACUGGUGUCCCGUUCGGUGGGAUGAUCAGAGACAUGAAAAGACGAUACAAACACUACAUCAGCGACCUCACUGAUGCUCUGAACGCUCAGGUUCUUGCUGCCAUCAUCUUCAUUUACUUUGCUGCACUCUCACCUGCCAUCACCUUCGGAGGUCUGCUCGCUCUUACUUUUCUCAUAGCUGAUAAGGUGGAUAACAUGAUGGGAGUGUCGGAGCUGAUGAUCUCCACUUCACUUCUGGGCAUUAUCUUCUGUCUGAUCGCUGCUCAACCUGUACUAGUUAUCGGCUUUUCUGGGCCACUGCUGGUGUUUGAAGAGGCCUUUUUUAAUUUCUGUAAGUCUCAGGGCAUUGAGUACAUCGUAGGCCGAGUGUGGGUGGGCAUUUGGCUGGUGGUCAUCGUGGUGGGGAUUGUUGCAUUAGAAGGAAGCUUCCUGGUUCGCUUCAUCUCCCGCUUCACUCAAGAGAUCUUCUCCAUCCUCAUCUCCCUCAUCUUCAUCUAUGAGACAUUUGCCAAACUUUUAAAG